CGGAGAGCUGGGCGGGGCCGCGGCGUUCGGAGUUUCCGGAGCUCCGGGACCGCACCGCCACCCCAGGACUAUGAUCCGGAACGGGCACAGGACAGCGCCCGGCGCGGAGCGGCGGGGUCCGGGGAGUAGGAGCGCCGUGCGCGUGUGGUGCGAUGGCUGCUAUGACAUGGUGCAUUAUGGCCACUCCAACCAGCUGCGCCAGGCUCGGGCUAUGGGCGACUACCUCAUUGUGGGUGUGCACACUGACGAGGAGAUCGCCAAGCACAAAGGGCCUCCGGUGUUUACCCAGGAGGAGAGAUACAAGAUGGUGCAGGCCAUCAAGUGGGUAGAUGAGGUGGUACCUGCAGCUCCCUAUGUCACCACACUGGAGACACUGGACAAGUACAACUGCGACUUCUGUGUUCAUGGCAAUGACAUCACGCUGACUGUAGAUGGCCGUGAUACCUAUGAGGAAGUGAAGGAGGCAGGGAGAUACAGAGAAUGCAAGCGCACCCAGGGUGUGUCUACCACAGACCUCGUGGGCCGCAUGCUGCUGGUGACCAAGGCCCAUCACAGCAGCCUGCAGGAGAUGUCUUCUGAGUACCGCGAAUAUGCAGACAGCUUUGGCAAGCCCCCUCACCCAACACCUGCCGGGGAUGCACUUUCCUCAGAAGGCUCCUCCCAGUGCCCUGGGGGACGGAACCCCUGGACAGGGGUGUCCCAGUUCCUACAGACGUCUCAGAAGAUCAUCCAGUUUGCUUCUGGAAAGGAGCCCCAGCCGGGGGAGACUGUCAUCUACGUGGCUGGGGCCUUUGAUCUGUUCCACAUCGGGCACGUGGACUUCCUGGAGAAGGCACACAAGCUGGCAGACAGGCCCUAUGUCAUCGCUGGCCUGCACUUUGACCAGGAGGUCAACCGGUACAAGGGGAAGAACUACCCUAUCAUGAACCUGCAUGAGCGGACGCUGAGUGUGCUGGCCUGCCGGUACGUGUCCGAAGUGGUGAUUGGGGCGCCAUACCCAGUCACAGCAGAGCUCCUGGGUCACUUCAAGGUGGACCUGGUGUGUCACGGGAAGACAGAGAUUGUGCCCGACAGGGAUGGCGCUGAUCCCUACCAGGAACCCAAGAGAAGAGGCAUCUUCCGUCAGAUCGACAGCGGCAGCAACCUCACCACAGACCUCAUUGUGCAGAGGAUCAUCAAGAACAGGUUAGAAUAUGAGGCUCGAAACCAGAAGAAAGAAGCCAAGGAGCUGGCCUUCCUGGAGGCCAUGAGGCAGCAGGAGGUACAGCCCACAGGGGAGGAUGAAUAGACUGCCAGCCCGGAGGACUGUCUCGGAGAGCCUGGGCACCGAGUCCCUGCUGCACUCCGCUUCUGCAUCUUAGCACCCAUGAUUCUGAAGGAAGCAGGCCCUGGCUGGCCACUGAGGACCAGCAUGGGGAGCACUCCUUCUGCCUGCAAGGGGCCUGUUCUGCAGCAGGCUCUCAGUUCUUCGAACACCGGAGCAGGCCAGCCUGCACGACAGCAGAGGGCACCUGUGACCCAAGUGUGCUGCUCCUGUCUGCUUCUGCUGAAUGGGUUCCGGCUGCAGCUCCCCUAUCCUGGACGGGCAUGCCCUUCCUCCUGGCUGGAGGCUGCACUGACUGUCCAUCCAGCUUCCAUGGGGGCACAGAGAGGACAGCCUUAGGGAGCUAUGGCCCUGGGGCUGGCUGUCCUCAAGUGGGCACACUGCCCUGCAGCAUGUCCCAGCACCCCUUCCCUGGCCCUGCCCACCUGGGCAACCUCAUCACCCUCCCACAGACCUUUGGCCCUCCAUUCUGUACCUCAAUGGCUGGUGUAACUCACUGCAACUGAAUAAAGCUUGGUGGGACAUGUUG